AUGACGCGCCCAGUGGUCGUGGACAUCCACACCCAUGUCUAUCCUCCGACGUACAUGGCGAUGCUGCGCAGUCGCAAAACAGUACCAUACAUCCACGACCCAAGCGACAACGGAACACCCCGUCUAAUCAUCCUCUCUUCAGACGAUGACCCUGCCAUUCCCAUCGACCAACGCGGUCGCCCUGUGGACUCCUCUUAUUCUGAUAUCAGUGUCAAGCUGGAUUUCAUGAGAAAGCACGGCAUUGACUGCAGCGUCAUCUCCCUCGCAAACCCAUGGCUGGAUUUUGUCCUCCCAAGUGAGGCCUCAGACUGGGCAAAACUGAUUAAUGACGACCUCAAUUCUACCUGUGCUCAAGUCAACAAGAUGGCAGAUCCAGAAAACAACCUCCUACUCGUGGAGAAGGCGUCUCUCUUCGCGUUCGGCGCGUUGCCACUAAGCGCUCCAGCUCCAGAUGUCGUUCAAGAGAUCUUCAGAAUUCGCGGCCUUUCACACCUGCGUGGUGUGAUAAUGGGAACUUCGGGUCUAGGCUCCGGCUUAGAUGAUCCGAAUCUGGAUCCAAUCUGGGCAGCUCUGGAAGCAACACAGCUCUUACUCUUCCUGCACCCCCACUAUGGCCUUCCGGAUGAGGCAUUCGGAGGCCCUGAGACGACAGCUCGAUAUGGCCAUGUUCUUCCUCUCGCACUUGGCUUCCCACUCGAAACCACGAUUGCUGUAACCCGGAUGCUUCUCAGUGGCGUAUUCGAUCGUUUCCCCCGAAUGCGGGUUCUGCUCGCCCAUUCGGGCGGAACGAUCCCUUUCCUCGCUGGGAGAAUCGAAAGCUGCAUUAUGCAUGAGCGGAAGUUCGAAGAGAAUGGCGGCGACACCCCGGGACCGAAGCGUAGCAUCUGGGAGGUGCUGCAAACGAACAUCUAUCUGGACGCCGUGGUGUAUGGCCAGGCGGGCCUCAAGGCAGCUAUCGAAUCUGGUAGUACGGAUCGUUUGCUUUUCGGGACUGACCACCCGUUUUUCCCACCUCUCAACGAUCACGACGGACAGUGGAUGAGUGUUACUACGAACUUCAACGCUAUUUACGCUUCGCUCAAAGAUGCUCCAGCCUCGGCUGAAGCAAUUGUUGGGGACAACGCGGUACGUAUCCUCAAUCUGGAAGAGAAAUGA